AUGGGAAGAGCUUUAUAUCUUCAGAUGAGAAACAAGAGCAGAGGAUCCAACUUUUGCAAAAAAGAAGGAAAAAGGAAUAUCAGAGAGGCAAUAAUUCAGUGUAACGGAAAAAGCAACAAGCGGCCGGGUUUACAAAAUAACAGCACCACAUCCAAGCCACUUGAAGAAGAGGUGGAGGAAGAGGAGGAAGAAGCAAAGGAGCUGGACCCACACCCCACGCCCUCAAGUUCAUCGGCCAAGGGUGAAGCUCAUGGGUAUGGAGAGUAG